AAUAUAGAAUAAAACCUCGAGCAAAUCAUCCGUUAGUGCACACAUCACAAACAGUCGGUCACACGAUUUAGCAGUUGCGAAAAAUCUGAAACGACCUCAUAUAUAAACUAUUUGAAAAACCAGUCAUUUGAUACUUGUUCCUCUUAAUGAAAAUAGGAAAGUACAAAUUUUAUGAAAAUUUGGAAACCAAAGGAUGCUCCAUCACUUUAUGUUAUUCAGUGCGUAAUCUAAACAAAACCAAAGAUAAUUUCAAAGGAAACACCAGACAAGGCUACUCUAUACAACAUUACGUGAAAAAUCGAUAAAAAUAGAUUUUUAGAGGAAACAAAAAAAAAAACUUAAUAAAAGUGGUGGUAUACAUCAUUCGGCGUGUGGUGUUUUUUGGUAAUACAUUGUGGGGAGUAGUAACAAUUUCUGCGCAAAUUUCUAUUGUCUAGGGCAGUGGAAGUGUUCGAGAGUGUUCGUGUGUUUCGUGCACACUUAAACUUGGUUUUGUUUAUGACUAACAAACUUCCUGAAUAAUACAGCAACAAAUAAUCAAUUUUGAAUGAGUUGUAUCUGGGACUUUCAAGAGCAAUUUGUCUAAAAAGUCACCAGAAGUUAAGGUGCAAAAAUAAAAAACAACAAAAACAAUAUACCCCUGGGCCGGAGCAAAACAAAAAGGUUGCGAUAAACGGUCAGAGCAAAACAAACAAAAGAUCGGUGACAACGAUUUAAAAACCGUGUACAAGAGGCGCCAGACAGGAAUUUCAUAUCGAUCACAAUAUACAUACGUCGGUGGCUUCCACAUACAAUAGCAUGGGCACAGAAACUAAAUUAAAUUGUUAUUCGGAGAACACUGCAGCUGGUAUUAUACGUGCUCCAACCAAAUCGCAACAAUCCUGCAACAAUGGAAAGCAACAGACAUCAAGCGUAACUUCAUCCUCCAGUGUAACCUUUGUUCCCAUACAUAUUGAUGAAAAUGACGUUAUCGAAGGUGCCAAACAAAUCAUAAAAUCUAUAAGACCUACAUGGAACCUGAACUACGUCCAGUACAAGAAAUUUACUGACGGCAUUACAAAUAAACUGGUUGGCUGUUUUUAUAAUCUUCCGGAUGGUUGUCCAAUUUCAUCAAUUGCCAAUGGCAUCAAUGGUGUCCAGAUAUGUUCUCAAGAAAUCUCCUCGCACAAUGGGGGUGGAGAAAUUGCCAACGAUGAUAAUAACGAUUCCGGAAAUCUCAGUGACCCUGAUGCUGACACCUAUGCAGAGUCACAAACGAUACAACAGAACACAAACAAUACGAGCGAGACGAAGAGUAACGACGUAAUACUCGUUCGAGUUUAUGGCAAUAAAACGGACCUGCUUAUAGAUCGCAAAGCCGAAACGAGAAAUAUAAUGCUAUUGCAUAGGUAUGGAUUUGCACCCACAUUGUAUGCGACAUUUAAAAAUGGCUUGGUCUAUGACUUUGUACCUGGUGUGACCCUCAACACAGAAAGCGUCCACCUGCCUGAAGUGUGGGCGCUUGUUGCUCAACGUAUGGCGGAUAUGCAUAGGUUGGUGAAGCCUGACUGGAGUCGAAAUGCAGACGCCAAACCUGUGGCAAUGUUGUGGAAGAAAUCGCAAAGCUUUUUUGACCUAGUACCUGAACGAUUCAGCGAUGCCGACAAGCACAAAAGACUUGAAGGCGUUUUCUUACCUAUUAAACGCAUGCGUGAUGAAUUCGCAGAAUUGUACAAACGUCUGGAGGCACUGGACUCGCCCGUUGUGUUCGCACACAACGACCUUCUACUGGGCAAUGUUAUUUAUACGGAAUCUCGGAAAACAGUCACCUUUAUUGACUACGAAUAUGCGGACUACAAUUUUCAAGCUUUCGAUAUUGGAAAUCAUUUUACGGAAUUUGCCGGUGUCGAUACCGUCGACUACACUCGCUAUCCAAGUCGCGAUUUUCAGCUGAAAUGGCUUCGAGUGUAUUUACAGUCGUACCUGCAAAAGAACGAUGUGUGUGAUGCAGAGGUUGAACGUCUCUUUGUGCAGGUAAAUCAAUUUGCUUUGGCUGCCCAUUUCUUCUGGACUAUUUGGAGUCUAAUACAAGCCGAACAUUCCACUAUUGAUUUUGAUUAUGUGGGGUAUGCUUUCUUACGUUACAAUGAGUAUAAGGCCAGAAAACAAGAAUUCCUUUUGUUGGACGGAUGUCUGCCCAAAUGUAAAAUAUAGACCAGAAUGGCGUCAUUUCGAGUGCUCUGUCUCACAAGGUGCUGUGCUGUGCUGUGCAUAGGUUCACGGGUAGCCGGUACCUUUAUACCCAAAUCACGCCCACCUCUACUCCAAGAUAACAAAACGGCAUUUACAAACCCCCUUUCCUUAACUAUAGUUGAAAACCCCCAAACAUUUGCAUUCCGCGAGCAUAUUAUGAUUUCUUAUUCGAGCUUUUAUUAUAUGUUAUGUUUUAUGAAAUGUAAUACUUAAUUGUGUGAUUUAUUUGGUAACAGUUUUUAAGCUGCAAAAUUGACGAAUGAAUAUUUUGAGUUUUUAUUUAUUUUGUGUUGAGCAGUAGAAGGCAAACAUUUUUGUUUGGCUUUGCUGUAUAUUUUACAUGCUAACACACUUUACCUUCCAUAAGUUAGGCAUUUAUCUAUUUUUGUAUACUCUCUCCUAGGACCCUGUUCUUUCGCGCCUCUAAAAUAGACAACAUACAUAGUAUGUACACUUCUUUUGUAUUGGCAUUUCGUUUUUAAAUUUUUAUAUCGCUAUGACCUUGUUUCUGUUUUCUGCUUUUAAGGCAGUGCCUUUCCAAUAACUUGUGUUGACUUUUUACCAAAAAAAAAUAGCUUCUGCAUAUUAGGUACUUGAACAAUUCCUUGUUGAAAAGCCUUCCACUAAAGUUGUUGUUAACAUUUUAGUUCGCCUCACCCAGCUUGUUUUGAAACCAUAUGUCAGCUUGUAAUCCCAUUUUGUAUGUUUAUUUGUGCUAUACAAUAAGAUUUAUCUUAAUAUUUAUCUAAGACAAAACAACAAGAAUAUUAUGAACUAGGAAAGCAAACAAUGUUAAAAAUGUAUACAUUAUUUUUUUUUUUUUUUAUUUGUAACGUUCUCAAAUUUUUAAGAUACAUUUACUAUCUGUUUUGUUUGAUCUAAAUAUACUAUUGAAUAAAUCGGUUUUGAAAAUGAAAAAAAUAAAAA